AUGCCACUUUUUGGCUGGAUGAAAUGGCCAAAAUACGAUGCCUACAAACCCGCACACUGUCCUGGCUCAGAUGUAGUGACAAAGACCCUGCUUCGGGAAUUAAAGUGGCAUCUGAAGGAGCGAGAGAGACUAAUACAAGAGAUUGAAAAUGAACAAAAAGUAAAAAAAACAGGAGUGGAUUACAACUGGCUGAGAAACCACCAGAACCCCCACAUGACCAUCCCGGCUACUGAACAAAGACAACUUGAAGUCCUUUGCUCACAAGUUCAACCUUGUCAGACCGGAACUAUUCUCAGCAGAUUUCGAGAAGUUUUAGCAGAAAAUGAUGUACUGCCAUGGGAAAUAGUCUACAUCUUCAAGCAAGUUCUGAAAGACUUCCUAAACAGUGCUGACAAAGGCAACCAGCAGGAAGGCCUGGAAGAGUCAAGGAACACAGACUGUCCUGUUCCUUCUGUGAUGCCAGGCUCAAGCUCCAAGAGUUCAGACAAAGACGAAAUACCCACUAUUUCCAGUUACGUGGACAAAACCACAAAGAACAGGUUCCCAGCAUUCUCACACAGAAUAUGGAACCUACCAUAUUAUUACCCAUCAAGUUAA